CCCCGCCCCUUAGCGUGCGCGCUUGGGCCUCGGUGAGGCUCCCGGCAGGAGCUGAUCGACGGUUCCCCCCGGCCCCCAGCACAGCAUCCUUUCUCCCUCGGGAGCGGGAAAGCAACCCGUUUCUGUCCCGUCCCUUCCCCGCGAGCCUCUAGGCGGGACGGAGCGGAGGCUCUUGGAGCCUCCAGACCCGAACCAGGGCUCCUGGGACUCGCGACCCUCUCUCAGAAGAGGGCAGGGAAGGAGCGCGAGGUGGGGCGGGGGUGACUUCGGGGAGGAAAGGGUUUUUGCACAUAGGACGCAGCUGCAGAUCGGUAGCUGGAGGCCGCACGGUGAAAUAAGCGCCUCGCAGACGUCUGCGCCCGAGUUAAGUUAGACCCGGGAGGCAGAAAUGCACGCGCUGGACGCGUGGGCCCAGGCGCGCCCGAUUGGGAACCUCGCUGACAGUUACCGUAGUUUUUCCAGAUCAUUCAGUGUUCAGGAAAUGAGUCUCUGGAUGCCAACUCUUUCGCGUCCUGGUGCCUGAAUACAGUUGAACCCAGGAGCCCCAGAGUCUACCCAGCCUGGGGAACCCCCUUUCCCCUCUAACCAUGGGCUUGGGGAACCUGUCAGUUGCAAAGUGCUAGUCAAGCAUAUGGGAGGGAGUGUGGCUUCAGUGCUGCUUAGAUACAUAUAUUGUUUAGGGCCAAAGGAAUAACGGGGAAGGUGGAUGAAAGGCCAGAGGAUCCCGCCAUGGAACUCGGCUCGCAUGCUGUCUGUGUCACUCCAGCCUCUGAAAGGAGGUGAACGCUCACUGAUGGCUCAGUUGGGAGCAGUUUUGGCUCUGGCUGCCAGUUUCUUGUGUGCAUCUCUCUUCUCAGCUGUGCACAAGAUAGAAGAGGGACAUAUUGGGGUGUAUUACAGAGGCGGUGCCCUGCUGACUUCCACCAGCGGCCCUGGCUUCCAUCUCAUGCUCCCAUUCAUCACAUCCUAUAAGUCUGUGCAGACCACACUCCAGACAGAUGAGGUGAAGAACGUACCUUGUGGGACAAGCGGUGGCGUGAUGAUCUACUUCGACAGAAUCGAGGUGGUGAACUUCCUGGUCCCACACGCAGUGUAUGAUAUAGUGAAGAACUACACUGCCGACUACGACAAGGCGCUCAUCUUCAACAAGAUCCACCACGAGCUGAACCAGUUCUGCAGUGUCCACACGCUUCAGGAGGUCUACAUCGAGCUCUUCGAUCAGAUUGAUGAAAAUCUCAAACUGGCUUUGCAACAGGACCUGACCUCCAUGGCCCCCGGGCUCGUCAUCCAAGCUGUGCGGGUGACAAAGCCCAACAUACCUGAAGCCAUCCGCAGGAACUACGAGCUGAUGGAAAGCGAGAAGACGAAGCUUCUGAUUGCAGCCCAGAAGCAAAAGGUGGUGGAGAAGGAAGCCGAGACAGAGCGGAAGAAGGCCCUCAUUGAGGCAGAGAAAGUGGCUCAGGUGGCAGAAAUCACCUAUGGGCAGAAGGUGAUGGAGAAGGAGACGGAGAAGAGGAUUUCGGAAAUCGAAGAUGCUGCGUUUCUGGCCCGGGAGAAGGCCAAGGCGGACGCCGAGUGCUACACUGCCAUGAAAAUAGCCGAAGCAAACAAGCUGAAGCUGACCCCCGAGUAUUUGCAGCUGAUGAAGUACAAGGCCAUCGCUUCCAGCAGCAAGAUUUACUUCGGCAAAGACAUCCCUGACAUGUUCGUGGACUCUGCGGGCAGCCUGGGCAAGCACUUGGAGGCGCUAGCUGACAAGCCGAGCUUUGACUUAGAAGAGGAGCCCUCGGAGGCAGACGCGGAGGAGAACUGAAUGUUUCUGUCCCCAGCCGCACAUGACCCUCAAAGAGAUCUUUAUUUUUUAAUGAUGAACCAGCCCUCCCUUCCACACUACCUUCUUUGACUCUCUUCCACGUACUGUGGUGAAAAAAGAAGAAACGGACUUAAACCUAUUCCCCUUCCUGGGAAGCGGGGGUAGGGACUGAUGAAUUGGGGUUUUCUUCAGGUAAGUAGGUUACGUGGCUUCUGUUAAGAUUUGGAAACCAUGGGCUAGACCUUUGAGCUCCAGGCACUGAUUUUCGCCCUUUUGAAGCUGGCUUAAUUAGGGAUGCUAUUAAUAAGGAGUGGGAGAAAUGCAGGGUGUCGCCUCCGAUCGGACUGCCCUUAUUUGGGGAAAGGCAGUCCAGUGUUCUCAACCUGCCUCCAAGGUGGGAGAUGCCCGUGGGUGAGGCCCAGCUACCGAGCAAGUACGUGCUUGUAAGUUUGCCAGCAGAGCUGUGGAGAAACGGCUGCGGUGGAUGUUGGCUUUCCCGGCGCUCCUGGCCGUGAGCCCGUGGGUUACUGCCGAGGCCCGCUCUCUGGAGCCCUGGUAAGGAAGAGCUGGUGCUAUAGGUUCUGCAGGCUUUUCUACACACCACCCUCCUUGCCCCAGGGCUGAAAGCGUGGUGGCUUCCGACCACAUUUCCAGGGUCAGGGUUUGGCCCCCACCACACAAUUCUUUUUAAAACUCUUCACCUAUUCUGUGAUUUGGUUUUUUUCUCCUCUUAACCUGUUCGUUGGUUCCACUCAGCAUCAAGAAGACAGGAAUGAAGAACUCAGGUGUCUUCAAAGCUGCUGAAGUGGGACCGUGCUAUCUGUUAGCCACUGUGGUACCUGCUUGGCAAACUGUGCGCGUUCCUUGAGAUCAAGUGUCUUUUCAUUGCUGUGGGGAUCCUACGGUUGAAGACCUCCUCUGGGGGAGGAAGAAGGGCUCGUCCAAAAGAUUCCCCAAUCUCAGUGCCUGUGACUUGUGCUGGGGUCUGUCUGAUGUAGUGAUAAGGGGGAGCCCGUUCGCUAAGCGGCCGGAGUCUUUAAAUCCAGGGCUCCAGGGGUCACACCGAGUGUUAAAUCUCCAGAGACAGCUGUGUGGGUACGAGUUCAUGCCCUAGUCCCUGGGUCAGAAGGACUGCAUCAGAAUCCACUCAAAUGUUUUUUCAUUACUAAUUGGGAGAUUUGGGUGGGGGGAACACAAAGAUGAAAAAAAGGUUUUCUUGUGUCCUGAAGUUGGAGUUGGGGGCAGGAGUGUGUACCAGGUCGCUAAGUGGAGGGCAGCUGUCUGGAGUGAACUUGCAAGCCUGUUGGUAUCGUCCACGACAAGCCCUGGCUGAGGAUUUGUUAUUAGCUGCCCCCCUCCAAGAAGAACUCCCACUGUACCCCUCUUUUCUCGGUGAAACUACAAAUGAUACUUUCUGGCACAGA